AUGCCUUCCAAAAGAAAGGCCGAGCCUAUCUACGGGCGCACGAUUGAAGAUGACGAGGACAUCUCCGACGAGCAGUCGGACAGCGAGGACGACGGUCUCCCGGCACACAAGCGGCAGCACAUGAAUCCGGACUUUGUGUGGGACGGCGACGACUUUGGGUUCGGCGGACUCGGCGGCGCGGGCAAUGGAAACGGCGAGGAGGAGGCGGAGGAGGAGCAGACAAAGGCGGACAUGGAGUGGAUUGGUGCAGAGCGGAUGGUGGACCUGAGCGCGAUCAUCCAGCGCCGGCGGGAGAAGCGAGAGGCCGAGGCCGGCGAGGGCCAGGCCAAGACGACAAACGGCAAGGCCAGCAAGGGCAGAAAGAAGGCCAAAGGUGACGAGGAAACCGAUGACGAGGAGGAGGAGAGCGAUGACGAGGAGGACAAUGGCAACGAGGACCAAGACCUUGAUCUCGACGACGACGAGCUGCUUGCCGACGACGGUUUCGGCAUGGGCGCCGAUUCGGACGAGGACGACGAGGGUGCAGAGAUUGGGGCCGACGACGACAUGGGGGCCGAUAUGGACGAAGAGCACGCCGAUUCGGACGACGGCGAGGCUGCCUCGGACAGCGACUCCGUGGCCACGCCCAUUGGCCACCCCGACGACCACGACGCGGAGAGCGACAGCGACGCAUCCAGCGACGAGGACGCCGAAGAGUCGGCGCGCCAAAAGGCCUUUUUCGCGGACGGCGAGAAGGAGAAGCUCAAGGUUAAGAAGGGCAAACAGGGCAAAACGGGCAAAAAUGGCAGCAGAAACGACGGCGACUCGGACGAGGAGGGCGAGGACGGCAACUCGCUGGCGUCCGUGCCCACCUUUGAGUCGAUGCGCAUCUUCUCGCGGCCCAUCCUGCGGGCCGUCGCCGCGGCCGGCUUCCGGCGGCCGACCAAGAUCCAGGCCAAGACGAUGCCCUUUGCCGUCGGCGGAAAGGACGUGGUCGGCCAGGCCGUCACCGGUUCCGGCAAGACGGCUGCGUUCCUGCUGCCCAUUCUGGAGCGGCUGCUGUACCGUCCGAGCAAGGUGCCCAAGACGCGCGUCGUCAUCCUGACGCCGACGCGCGAGCUGGCCGUGCAGUGCCACGCGGUCGCCGUCAAGCUGGCCCAGUUCACGUCCAUUACCAUGGUGCUGGCGGUCGGCGGCACGUCGUUCAAGGCCACGGAGCCCAAGCUGCGCGCGCGCCCGGACAUUGUGAUUGGCACGCCCGGUCGCUUCAUCGACCACAUGCGCAACACGCCGGGCUUUGCGGUCGACGCGACGGAGAUUCUCGUGCUCGACGAGGCCGACCGCAUGCUGCAGGACGGCUUCGCGGACGAGCUCAACGAGAUUGUCAAGUUCUUGCCGCGCUCGCGCCAGACGAUGCUCUUCUCGGCGACCAUGACGGCGCCCGUCGACCAGCUGAUCCGCGUCGGCAUGCUGCGGCCGGUGCGCGUCGUGGCCGACGGCGGCUCGCGCACGGCCGGCACGCUGACGCAGGAGUUUGUGCGCCUGCGCGCGGGCCGCGAGGACGCGCGCCUCGGCUACCUGCUGCACCUCUGCACGACGCUCUACCGCGACCACACCAUUGUGUUUUUCCGGGAGAAGCGCUACAUCCACGAGGCGCGCGUCGUGUUUGGGCUGCUGGGCCUGACCUGCGAAGAGCUGCACGGCAACAUCAAGCAGGCGGAGCGGUCGGCCAGCCUCGAGUCGUUCCGGCGCGGCGCCGUGUCGUUUCUGCUCGCGUCCGACCUGGCCUCGCGCGGCCUCGACAUCAAGGGCGUCCAGACCGUCAUCAACUACGAAGUGCCCAAGACCCUCGACGACUACAUCCACCGCAUCGGCCGCACCGCGCGCGCGGGCCACCGCGGCGUCGCCGUCACGCUCGUCGCCGAGGCCGACCGCAAGUUUGUGCGCGCCGCCACCAAGGCCAUGCGCAAGGGCGAGACAGGCGGGACGGGCGGGACGGGCGGGACGGGCGACGGCGGCGCCCCGUCGUCGACCCAGUUUGUCAUCAAGAGCCGGUCCGUCGACCCGGCCGCCGCCGACGCGUGGCAGGCCAAGAUUGAGGCCCUCGAGGACGACAUCGCCGCGAUCAUCGAGGAGGAGCGCGAGGCGCGCAAGCUGGCCGUGGCGGAGAUGGAGGUGACGCGCGGCGAGAACCUGCUGAAGCACAAGGACGAGAUCCUGGCGCGGCCCAAGAAGACGUGGUUCGAGACGCCGCGCGAGAAGGAGGCCAAGAAGGCGGCCGCGCGGCGGACCGGCAUGGACGGCGCCGGACCCCUGUCCGACGCGAAGCAGCAGGAGAGCGUCGAGCGCCUGCGCGACAAGCUCAAGAGCAAGCGCGUCGGCGGCAAGCUGAGCAACAAGGACAUGAAGAAGCUGGACAACAAGGCGGACCGGCUGGCGGGCAUGGGCGGCAAGAAGCUCAAGCAGGAGAAGAAGGCCCUGAGCAAGCCGGGAAGCAAGCCGGGAAGCAAGCCUGUUGGAAAGCCUGCAGCCAAGCCUGUGGCCAAGCCGGCGGCGGCCCGUGUGGUCAAACCGGCCACGGGUGCCCGCGGCGCCAAGGGUCCCAAGGCCUCGCGCGGCGGCGGCCGUGGUGGUCGUGGUGGAAGCCGUGGCGGCAAGCGGUGA